AUUUCAUCACCGCACAGCAAUAAGAAAACCAGAGCGCGUCUGUGCUUAAGUUGUCCGGUGGUGAGGUUUCAAGUUUAGCAGUCAAACAGAAAAAUAUUCGGAGUCUUAUAAACAAGAAUGGUAAACCAAGUUUCAAUGAUCGUUGCAAAGGAUUUAUAAGAGUUCAUUGUACAAGUGGUAAUAAAGAUUCUUUCAGGAAGCUGUGCUGUGAAUGUGCAUGCAACACAAAAACAUACUUUUUUCAUAGAGGACGCAGCGUGACGGAACCGGCAAGUCCCUUGACCCAACGCUGAUCAUGUAAAGGGCCUGACUUUUUCCUUCUACAAUACUAUCUUUUUAGUUUGCAGUUGUUUGGAUCGCCCUGUUGAUUCGUCUGUUUAGAGUUAUCUACAGAAAUUCAAAGACACUGUCUACCGAUUUCGUCUUUGUCGGUCCGGCAACACUGCAAUAAAUCUAACCUGACAGUCCUGACACCUAACGUUCAAAGCUCAAAGGCCUUUGACGUUUGCCGAACUAUAUAAACAUCUGGAUUCUCUUUAAAACCCAUUGAAUUUUGUAAAAUGUAUCUAAGAUGUUUACUAAGUUGAGCAAUGGUUUCGUUCAAAUUUGUGCGAGACAGUAUUUGAACAAUGUCAGUAGGACGCUUUCGAAUGUGCAAUCAAAACGUGCGGUCGAAAAAGAGAAGAAACUGAAAGCGGAACAUCUUGUAAGAUUGUUGAAUAUACAAAAAGGCGAUGCGUUAAAUAUCGUAUCAAAGUCGAGUAAACUUUCAAAAGUUGAUGCAGUUAGUAUUGAGAAAAAUCACAUGAUAUGUCUUUCAAAUGGAGUAACAGCAGACAGAUUGCAAGCAUGUCCACAUAUUCUAGCAGUGUCAGACCUAGUUGAAAAAAUUGACCUGUUGCAAAGGUUACCGUAUAACCUGGAUACGACUCUUCCGUUAGUCAUGAUUCCUUCUAGGACGCUGAAGAGAUUUAUACUUAAAGAAGACGCACCAAAAAGGAUAAAGUUCCUGUCAGGACUUUUCGAUGUGGAUGAGGAACAACUAUGUGAACAUAUCGCAAAAAGGCAUUUUUUGAUUACAUUGAAAGAAGAGCAAAUAAAAGAUACAUUUAAUGUACUCUUAGAUUUCGGAAUCAGCAAAGAAGAAAUAAAAAACGAUUUGUGGGUGUUGAAGUAUAGUACAGAUGCGGUCAAAAAUAGAUUCACCACAGCCAAAAAUAAUAACGUUGAUAAAGUGAAAACAUGGAUGGUUAGAGCAAAACCAUUCAUUUUUGAUACGUAUUUAAGGCGGAGAUCAGAAGACAGAUCGAUUCUUGGUCAUAAUUCUUUAGUAGAAUAUUUGUCAACAAAACUGGAGUGUAGUGAGGAGAUGGCAAAAAAUAUCAUUUGCAAACAACCCGCAAUACAACACAGCAGUUUAAAGAAACUGAAUUACAAGAUAGAUAUUUUGUUAGCCAAUGGCUUUACGGCUGCUCAAAUAUGCAAAACACCGAAACUUUUAUUACACAGUACGGAAACUAUUAUGACUAGAUUGAAAAAAUUGCAGGCUCUCGGAACACGUUUAGAUUUUGCGACAGUGCUUAUAAGAAGUCGGAAACAGUAUGUGUCUUUUUAUGAAUCCUUGAAAGCUAAAUAUCAACCAACUACAGAUAAUAUAGAAGCUUCUAAAUGAAUGUACUCUUUUAUUUGAAACGUCAACCUACUUUUAGAAUAGCGCAAUAUCGAUUUCAAUCAAUAUAUUUUCAAACAGAAUUCCCCCAGAACAAGCGCAAGAAUCCCCCAGAUUUACAACUUUUUCAAAUUCAUAUUCCAGUAGUCGGCUUACCAUUACACAAGUAUAAAGUGUUCUAAUAAAUAACUAGAAUCCUAAAUACAAACGAUC